GCCCGUACAGCGCACCCUAGCGGUAGUUUAGCUUAGUUACAGGGCUAUCAUUAUAAUUACGUCGAGGUAAAAUUUGAUAAUUAGAUUAGAUCUAUUGUACUAGAUCCAAUUAACGGAGAACAAAAGACCUAACGACAAUGCCAGGUCGAAGGAAAGGCCGAGACGACAGCGACAUGGGUUCGGAAAGAGAAGAGACGGGGUCUUUUGAGACCUUACGCGAUGAAGGGAUGUAUUUCGUGCACGUUAAACAAUGGCAGAAGGCAGUUGAGAGUUUCACUCGGGCAUCUGAUAUGAACCCAGAGGAUAAUGUGGUGUUGGUUACUCGUGCAAAAUGUCAUCUACAGCUCGGCAUGGCUGAUAAUGCUCUGGUUGAUGCAGAGCAGGCUCUCUCUAACGAUAAAGAUUACAUCAUGGGUUUAUUGAUGAAAGCAGAAGCUCUUUACCAGUUGGGACACUUUGAGACUGCCUUGGUUUUCUUUCAUCGAGGUCAUAAGUUGCGUCAGGAGCGAGGGGAGUUCCGACUGGGCAUUCAGAAAGCACAAGAAGCAAUAAACAAUAGCAUAGGAAGUCCUUCUUCAGUGAAACUUGAUACAACAGGUGACCUAUCCUUCUUCGAUAAACAAGACAAUCCAGUUAUUGAACCAGAACCACCCUCGGAAGAUGAAACUGAUAAGUCUAAGAAACCUCCUCCAAAAGCAUAUGGUAAACCUGGUGCAAAGAAAGCAUCACAGAAAGAGCGUGAUUAUACAAGGAGUACGGACGAUUCCAAGACCAUCAAACAAUUGCUCGAAGAACUGUACAGUGACAAGACAUACCUGGAGAAAUUACUUAAUGAUGAGAAUUUGACAUCAGGCAGGUCAUACAUGCAGCGAGAGAUUAAGAGCUGCAUAAAUAGUGGACUAUAUUAUCUUGAUGAACGAGCUGAUUUCUGGCGCCAACAGAAACCCAUGUACGCCCGUAAACGAGACAAGGAAAAGAUGCGUCGCUCUGGAAAAACCCGUCCACGGGAUCCAGUAUCCUAUAUCAUGCAGAACCUAGAGGAAAUAGAUGAAGCACAAUCUGAGGGUCGAUAUGAAACUAGUCUUAACACAGCCAAGAAACUGAUGAAGACUGUGAGAGAAAUGUCCGAGGAAGAUUUAUCUAAUAAGUGGGAGAUUAUGGCUAACAUCCACAGCCAAAUGGGUAAUGCCUACCUGGAGAUGGGCAAAUAUUCACUGGCUAUUGAAAACCAUGAACAGGACCUCGAAAUAGCCGAAGACAAAGGAUUAGAAGACGCAAAAUCUCGAGCCCUUGACAACAUCGGGCGAGUCUAUGCUAGGAGAGGCCACUUUGAGAAGGCUAUAGAAGUUUGGGAGAAGAAGUUGCCCCUCAGUAAAUCGCCUCUUGAGAAAACAUGGUUAUUCCACGAGAUUGGUCGGUGUUACCUGGAAAGUGACAAGUACGACAAGGCUCGUGAAUAUGGAGAGAAAUCUCUAGCAGCUGCCCAGGAGGCUGAUGAUAAUGGUUGGCAGCUUCAUGCUACUGUUCUAGUGGCACAAUCGGAGGUUAAAGCAAAGGACAACCAAUCAGCUCAGACAUCAUUUGAGGAAGCCUUGGAACUUGCUAAGAUAUUAGAAGAUGAAGCUGCUAUGAAUGCUAUACAAAAAGCGUUAGAUGAAGUCAAAGAUAAGAUUGCCAAGGAUUACAGGGCAGGAGAAGAUGAGGAUGAGGGGGAUGAAGUUGAUGCCAAAAAAGUUGACUACAGACCUGGAGAGGAUGAUGAUGAUGGCAGAAAAUCAUCACAGAGCAAAGAUUCAAAGAAAAUCAGGGCUGCUGAAGAUGAUGACAAUGAAGGCAGAAAAUCAAGAGGUUCUAGUAAAGCAGAAUAUGAAGAUGAUUUUGAAGAAGACAAAGCGGGCGGCGCUCCGGUAGAUCCACUCACGGAUGACUCGCAGAAGACUCGUUCUAGCAAUGAUACUGUACUGGAAGUUCCCAAAGUGGAAAAGCAGCCCGAAAUACGUAGUCAUGGUAACGACAAGGAAAAUAGUACUGAUAGAUGUACAAACGAAAACGAAGUCGUCAAAUUUGACAGUAACUCUGUGGUGGACGUAGCUGUGAAAAAUGCCAACGGCGAUGCGACGGCGUCUGGCGAGUCUCCUGUUUUAGCAACUGGGUUAGGUGCCGAUGUAAAUUCCAGUGGUAUUGGAGAGCAUGAAAAAAUGGAAGAGCUUGCCCAUCAAAACAACGAGAGAAAAUUCGAGGAAGCUAAUGAUGACAUAUAUCAAAAAAAUAAAGAGGACUUUACGGAAACAGACAAUAGCGCAGGAAAUAAAUCUACAAGACAAGUCGAAGGGGAUAUCGAAGGUUAUGGCAAUGACGAUCAGAUAGCACAUCAGGGUGGUACAUCUGCUAUCCAGAUCAGUGAUAGGAUACAGGGAGGGGAAAAUGCUGGCAAAGAAGCAGAAAUCAAUGAUAAAGAUAUUGAUAGAGAAACGUCCCCGGAAGAAUGUGCCGAUAUGCCUGCCAAAAAAGUUAUAUAUAAUUCAGGAAAUAAUGAGACUGGAAUAGAAAAUCAGACUCGUGAAGUUGCUGAUUUUCAAGCUAAUAGAAAACACUCAGAAGAUUUUCAGUUCAAAUAUAUAAACGACACGACGGGAAGUCGGCCUAGUUCGAAGAAUUCUCGGGCGUCCCCUCCAAAGUCUGGGAAUAGUCACGACAGACUAGUUGAGGACGACCCGAGGUUAAAUUACGAUAUUGAUGUAUCAAAUACAACCAUGGUUAAAGGCAAGAAACAUCCAAAAGGGGCGACCAAUCAACAAGAUACAAAAAAGCUCCAAACUAGAUCGAAAAGUUCCGAAUUGGCAGUAGGUGUGAGACAGCGAGAAAGAGUAACUAAGCAGAAGUCUUUAGAAGAAACAUCGAGAAUAAGAACUCCAAAGAGCACGGUAGUAACGAAGGAAGAGAAAACAACUGUGAAAGGAAAGAAGGAUAAGGUAUUGCCAACAAAAGAGUAUCAUGUCGGGAAGUCGGAGAAAUUCCAAAUCAAGGACUCUGAUAUGAGCGGGGGAGGAGAUAGUGCUGGCAAUAAAUCAGAAACAAUUAAGACACCAGAUAAUACAAAAGGUACCAUACGAAAGGGAGCUGCUUCUUCUAAAGGCAAGAUAGCACGCAAACCUAGAAGUGCCGAUAAUCCUACUAAUCAGCAAAGCAUUUCUAAAGAUCCUCGAAGAAAGUCGGAUAUAUCUCCGUAUGGGAUGCCGUUAACAGCCGGCCUGCAAAGUAAAAGGCAACACAACAAUUGCCUGUACUUGAAACACAGAGAUCACAAACAAAACCGAAAAAAAAGAAAAGCAGCGACUCGGUACGAUCGCAAACUCUUUCAUCAGAUACAAAUAACUCUAUGAAAUCGACAACUAGUAAAUCUCGAGGGAAAUCAGUGAGUUCUGGAUCGGGACGUACGACAGCAUCACCAAUAAGGAUAAACUCGAGCAAGAGAAAGAAAAUAUCAGAAGACGAAUUGAGAGGGUCACAAACAACAAAUGAAACCUCACCUGUUAGGAAAGAAAUGAAAACUAAGCCAGCAUCACCAGAGGAAACUGCAGCCGCGAACACCAACGUGUCAUCUGAUGAAUCGCAGGUAGCUCGGGAUGGAAAAGAUGACGAAGAGGAAAUUCCAGACGAGGCACAACAACAGGUCGAAGAGGAAAAAGGUCAAACAAAAGCCGCGUCACCACCACCCGCGGACACAAGCAUUAAAGAGGAGGUAG